AAUCAUUUCUACUGCUGAGGACUUGCCUUAAUUGUUUAGUUAGUACAGAAACAAUCAUAAUUGCAAAGAGGCCAUCUCUUUUACGCUCGCCAGUGCCCAACGUCACAGAAUAGGAGGGAGGAGAAGUGACAAGUCACAGGUGACCGGAGCUAAACUGGAAACUUUGUCGUCUUACCAGACUAUACACGACGGUCCGGUGGAAUAAGUGGAGGAAGUAAUAUCCUGAAGGAGAACUGAGGCCGUGAUAUGGCGUUGGAGGCGGUAGAAGACCUUGCUCUUCACAUAAUUCUUUUGGAACUAGGUCCCAAAGAUACUGUGAAGGUUUCCUGUGUCAGCAAAAGGCUUAGGGAUUCUGCUUCUGGUGACCUUCUGUGGUCCAAAUUUUGUCUUGAUGAUCUUGAUCUCGUAUCCCCUCAAGACCCUCAUGGAAACCCUGCUCCCUCUUUCAAGGUAGCUUAUCAAUUAUGGAGAGAAGCUUUUGCUAUGUACCCAUGGCCACUUGUUCUGCGAGUGAAAAGAUGUUGGGGCAGGAUUAGGAGUUGGUUGAGCAAUAAUUUUCCGGAGGCAAAGGCUACCCUUCGAGGAGGGGCGUCAGAAUCUGAUAUUGAACAAUUAGAGAACCUCUUAGAACGAGCACUGGAUACUGAUUCACUGAAUCUGAGCAGAGACUCCUCUCCUCCCUCCGUCUUCUUAUUGCCCGAUAUCCGUCGUAUGGAGGAAGAAGAAACUGAUGAAGCAGAAGCAAGGCAAGGAGAUGGGGUCGGAGUUCGUGGCAAUGGGAGAUCGUCAAGGUUUCCUGUGCCAGCAAAAGUCUUAGGAAUUCUGCCUCUGAUGAGUCUCUCUGGUCCAAAUUCUGCUUUGAUGAGCUUCAUCUAUCAUCCCUUCAAGACUCUCUAGGAAACCCAGUUCCCUCUUCCAAGGUUUUUGGAGAAGUAGAGAGAAGUGCUUCAAUUUGGUUUAUUUAUAAUGUAUGAAUUAAGUAGAGAUUAAUCAGGGGAGAACAAUUCCUGAAAAUUAUUUGAAGACUAGAAGUGUUGGUAAUGCUCUCUGGUUGUGUAUUUUCAUGCAGCUUAUCAAUUAUGUAGAGAACUAAGAAGCUUUUACCAUGUACCCAUGGCCACUUGUUCUUUGAGUGAAAAGAUGUCGGGGAAAGGUUAAAAACUGGUUGAGCCAGAUGAAAAAUUAGAGUGCCUCUACUAAAUGUGAAAUUGCCUC